AUGACCAACACACACGACUCAGUACCAAAGGCAAUCCUCUACUCUUGGCCGACUUCUGUCUGGUCUACAGUACCUCUUUUGUGUCUGUUCGAGAAAGGCUACUCUGAGGAUGAGUAUAUUGUCAGAUAUGUCAACAUAUGUACCGUGCCCACUCUCGUCGUACCUACUCUUGAGACCACCGGUGCAGAUGUCGAUACACGAUACCGCUCUCUCAGAGAUACCAUAUCUAUCUGCGACUUCCUCGACCAUGCUAGGAGCUCCAGCACUGGUCAUGUGCAGCACCAAGACAAACCUGCUCCAACACUCGCUCCUGCCACAAUUGAAGGCAAAGGUAUCUCUGAUUCGAUCAUCAACCUCAUUCACACGUACACUGUUGAUCCCAACUUCCUCGCACUUUCUGCUCGAAAUGAGGCAGAAUUGAAAGAAAAAGUCGCUGGACCUCAAGGCAAAGCCCUCAACCUUCGCCGAGAAGCUCUCCAAGGUUACCUUAAAGAAGCCAAGCAAGCCGUUGCCGAUUCCGCUAUCGCCCCAAAGGAAGGCACGAUGUCGUGGGAGCAAAAGACAGUAAAAUUCUUGGAGGAGAAAAUCAAUUCCAAUGAACAAAUCUGGGAAAUCUAUCACGGAAAGGGAGACAUGGAGAGACAGCAGCAAUUCUUCGGCGUCAGUAGGGAAUCGUGGACUAGAAACCUUCUCGACACCAUGAACGAGCUGGAAUCAUUAUUCAAAGGACCUUAUGUUCUUGGCGACCAAGUGUCACUCGCCGAUCUUCAUUGUAUUUCUUGGCUCACGCGAAUUGUACAUGUCGCUGGUGGUACCGCAAAUGCCGCUGGCUUGGAAUCGAUUUCUCCUUAUAUGGGAGGUUAUACCUUUGGUCCUAAAAUGAGGAAGUUUUGGGAGGAAUGGGUCGAGAGGGACAGCUUCAAGAAGGUCCUCGUUCCUGCUUCCAAAGCUUUUGGUACGCUAAACGGAUCGCAGUAG